CCUACCAUAAAACCCGUGCAUUUAGGAUUUUCUGGGACUGUCUACUUUUCUAACCGUUGGAGGCGAUUGCCGAGUUCUGGGAGUUGGAGAAAUUAGGGUUCUACUUAUUGCUCUUUCUGGAUUGGGUUUCGGUUCCGAUGGCCGCUAAGCUAGCAGUCUGAACGAUUGUGAUAUAUCGGCGGACGACAGGGGAUCAUGUGGAUCUAGGAUUAGACGUGCAUAUAGUUAUGAGAUUUAAUUUUGCGUACGGCGGUGGCCUUUGUGUUAUAUGCAAUAGAGGGGUUGAAGCUAAGCUGUUUCGUUUAAGAGGGUAAGAUGCCAUCUUCAUAUUUGUCGAAGAUUAGGACUGCGUUGCAGAGAUCAAUUGUUGGGCAGGAAGGAGCGCUUCAGGAAUCGGUAGAUGGGUUAAUUGGGCAGGGCAAAUUGUUGUUUGGAAAUUCUAAGUUGUUCCAGUCGAGAUCGUUUUCAACUAUUUCAGACCUCCAAGCAUUGUUUUCACCAGGCAUUGUUUUCGCUGCAAGAUCGGAUUCACAGCUAGUUAACCAAAGAAGGAACAUUUCUGUUGUAGGAGAGAUUUCGCGCAUUAUUUCAACUCCGUCUGUGUCAGGGCCUUCAAUUCAGGUCUGUGGAUAUCAUAUCGAUUGUGUGCUUUCUGAGCCCAGUCAGUUUGUGGCCAGAAGCAAGUUGCAGAAUAAACCUAUGGCUGCCUGUGGUUCUAGAACUUUAUUUGGGGGAUGCUUCCCAGAUAAUUUAACUUCAAGGCGCGGGAUUCAUUCAGUGGUACCUGAAAGUGCCUGUACAUUAUAUAACAAAAGAAGUUCCGACUGUUUUCAAACAGCUAGCAUGAGUUUGAAAAAAGGUGGGCAAUCCAACACUAAUGCAAUUUAUGGGUAUUUCAUAUAUGAAGUUGGAAAAAGAUUGUGUAAUUCCUCCCUAAGUAAAGGAUCCGGGUCAAGGGAAUUUCAUGCUUCAUCUACAUGCUUAUCUACUGGGACUGCCCAUGACGUGUCUUUUGAUAGUUCUGCUCCUGAGGACCAAGUUUCAAGUUCUGCAGAUUCAUCUAAUGAGGAGGUUACAGAUGGAAAGUCCCUAAAACUAACUUCUGGAUCAUACUACCUACCCCAUCCUGACAAAGAGGAAACUGGCGGGGAGGAUGCUCACUUCAUUUGUGCGAAUGAACAAGCAAUAGGGGUUGCAGAUGGUGUUGGUGGCUGGGCAGAUCUUGGUGUUAAUUCCGGAUUGUACUCCAGAGAACUGAUGUCUAAUUCUGUAGCUGCUGUUCAGGAGGAGCCGAAGGGGUCCGUUGACCCUGCUCGGGUAUUGGAGAAAGCUCACUCGAGCACGAAAGCCAGGGGUUCCUCAACAGCAUGUAUCAUAGCACUCACUGAACAGGGUAUUCAUGCAGUUAAUUUAGGUGAUAGUGGGUUUAUAGUGGUUCGAGAUGGGUGCACCGUCUUUAGAUCCCCUGUGCAACAGCAUGAUUUUAACUUUACCUAUCAACUGGAGAGCGGAAACAACGGUGAUCUACCUAGCUCUGGCCAGGUUUUUACAGUUCCUGUUGCACCGGGGGAUGUUAUAAUUGCAGGAACGGAUGGCCUGUUCGACAACUUGUACAACAACGAGAUAACCGCAGUGGUAGUUCAUGCCAUCAGAGCUGGCUUAGGGCCUCAGGUGACAGCACAGAAGAUAGCAGCGUUGGCACGCCAACGAGCACAGGAUAGAGACCGGCAGACGCCUUUCUCCACAGCCGCUCAAGAUGCUGGGUUCCGUUAUUAUGGCGGCAAGCUUGAUGAUAUAACUGUUGUUGUUUCAUAUGUAACCAGCUCAAAUGAUGCAUGACACAGACAAAUGGACCCUCUCUCUCUCUCUCUCUCUCUCUCUCUCUUGUAUAUGCUACGUUUGUUCUUUUCUUUUUCCAUUUUUCCCUUCUUCUAUGGCGGUUCAAGGCUAAUGUACAAGCAAAGUGGAUUGCUUUUGUCACGUAUUGCCUCUGUUCGUCUUCCUUUUUGCUCACAUGGAUAAAAUUCCAUUCCAUUUACUUUUGUCAUGACAUUACUUUACUUUAUUAUAUUCUUCUUCCACUUUUUCGUUUAA